UGUGUGUGUGUGUGUGUGUGUGUGUGUGUGUGUGUGUGUGUGUGUGUGUACUCCCUGGAUGAGGAGAUGUAAUCUCAUGUUUUGUCCACAGAAACCAACAGGAGAGAUCAGAGUCAGAGAUUCUCAGUGGUCAGUCUUCCCAGAGUCAUCAAACAGACCUGGCCUCCAUAUUCAGUAUGCUUGAAGAGAAAAUUAUGACAUUUGUGAAGAACGAGCUGAAGAGGUUCAAGAGGAUUCUUAGUCCAGAACUCCCAGAAGGCUUUGAGAGUCAGAAGCAGGAUAAGGAAGUGGUGGACGCUGAAGAUGAGAAGCAGGAGAGCAGUGCCAGAGAGGGGGCUCUGAAGAUCACACUGCACAUCCUGAGGAAAAUGAACCAGAAGGAGCUUGCUGACACACUGGAGAAAUAUUCAGAUGAGCUUGCUGUGAUUUGCCAACGUGAACUCAAAUCUAAUCUAAAGAAGAAGUUUCAAUGUGUAUUUGAGGGGAUCGCUAAACAAGGAAACCCAACACUUCUCAAUAAGAUCUACACAGAGCUCUACAUCACAGAGGGUGGAACAGGAGAGAUCAAUAAUGAACAUGAGCUGAGACAGAUUGAGACAACAACCAGGAAACAAGCAAGACCAGAGACUGCAAUCAAAUGUAACGACAUCUUCAAACCCUUAACUGGACAAGACAAACCUAUCAGAACUGUGCUGACAAAGGGAGUCGCUGGCAUUGGAAAAACAGUCUCUGUGCAGAAGUUCAUUCUGGACUGGGCUGAAGGAAAAGCAAAUCAGGAUGUCCAAUUUGUAUUUUCAUUCCCUUUCCGGGAGCUGAAUUUGAUGAAAGAGGACAAACACACUUUCAUUGAACUUCUUAAUCACUUCUCAAUGGAAACCAAACAAUCAGGAAUCUCCAUCAACAACAAGUACAAAGCUCUGUUCAUCUUUGAUGGUCUGGAUGAGUGCCGACUGCCCCUAGACUUCCAGAAGAACAAGAUCUGUUGGGACGUCACAGAGUCAACCUCAGUGGAUGUUCUGCUGACAAAUCUCAUCAGGGGAAAUCUGCUUCCCUCUGCUCUCCUCUGGAUAACUACCCGACCUGCAGCAGCCAAUAAGAUCCCUUCAGGGUGUGUUGACCAGGUAACAGAGGUACGAGGGUUCACUGACCCACAGAAGGAGGAGUACUUCAGGAAGAGAUUCAGUGAUGAGGACCUGGCCAGCAGAAUCAUCUCACACAUAAAGACAUCAAGGAGCCUCCACAUCAUGUGCCACAUUCCAGUCUUCUGUUGGAUUUCUGCAACAGUCCUUGAACACAUGCUGAAACAUAAGAGAGAAGAGAUGCCCAAGACUCUGACUGAGAUGUACACACACCUUGUGGUGUUUCAUACCAAACAGAAGAAUGAAAAGUAUCUUGGGAAAGAAGAGACAGGUCCACACUGGAAUAAAGAGAGCAUUCUGUCACUGGGAAAACUGGCUUUUCAACAGCUUGUGAAGGGCAAUCUGAUUUUCUAUGAAGAAGACCUGAAAGAGGCUGGUAUUGAUGUCAAUGAAGCCUCAGUGUACUCAGGAUUGUGCACACAGCUCUUUAAAGAGGAAUGUGGGCUGUACCAGGACAAGGUGUACUGCUUCGUUCAUCUGAGCAUUCAGGAGUUUCUGGCUGCUGUAUAUGUGUUCCUCUCAUUCACCAACAAUAAUGGGAAUCUAAUGGACAAACUACAAACCAAGUCCAGGAACCUGUUCAGAGACAAGCCUGAAGUUACUUUCUACAAGAGUGCUGUGGAUAAAGCCUUGCAAAGUGAGACGGGAAACCUGGACCUUUUCCUCCGCUUCCUUCUGGGCCUCUCACUGGAGUCCAAUCAGAAGCACUUACGAGGUCUACUGACAAAGACAAGAAGCAGCUCACAGAGCCAUGAAGAAACAGUGAAGUACAUCAAGGAGAAGAUCGGGGAGGAUCUCUCUCCAGAGAGGAGCAUCAAUCUGUUCCACUGUCUGAAUGAACUGAAUGACCGUUCUCUAGUGGAGGAGAUCCAAAGCUACCUGAGAUCAGGAAGUCUCUCAGAAGACGACCUGUCACCUGCACAGUGGUCAGCUCUGGUCUUUGUGUUGCUGACUUCAGAAAAGGAGCUGGAUGUGUUUGACCUGAAGAAAUACUCCAGAUCAGAGGAAGGUCUUCUGAGGCUGCUGCCAGUGGUCAAAGCCUCCAGAGGUGCUCUGUGA